AAAAUGACUGCAAUCAAGCAUGCUUUACAGAGGGAUAUUUUCACUCCCAAUGAUGAACGCUUGUUGAGCAUUGUGAAUGUGUGCAAAGCAGGCAAAAAGAAGAGAAACUGUUUUUUGUGUGCCACAGUGACAACGGAACGACCAGUGCAAGUAAAUGUGGUAAAAGUGAAAAAAUCUGACAAGGGAGAUUUCUACAAAAGGCAGACUGCAUGGGCACUUCGAGAUCUCGCUGUUGUUGAUGCCAAAGAUGCUGUUAAAGAGAAUCCUGAAUUUGACUUGCAUUUUGACAAGGUGUACAAAUGGGUUGCAAGCAGCACAGUGGAAAAGAACACCUUCAUUUCAUGUAUCUGGAAACUCAAUCAGAGAUAUCUUAGAAAGAAAAUUGACUUUAUUAAUGUUAGUUCACAGCUUUUGGAAGAACUGCCUAAAGUUGCAGAAGAAUCUGUUCCAAGUGGAGAGAAUCAAAGUGUAGCAGGAGGUGAUGAAGAGGCUGUGGAUGAAUACCAGGAGUUAAAUGCGAGAGAGGAACAGGAUAUUGAAAUAAUGAUGGAAGGGUGUGAAUAUGCUAUUUCUAAUGCUGAAGCCUUUGCAGAGAAGUUGUCACGAGAGCUACAAGUGCUAGAUGGGGCAAAUAUCCAGUCAAUUAUGGCCUCGGAGAAACAGGUGAAUAUCUUGAUGAAGUUGCUGGAUGAAGCUCUAAAGGAAGUUGACCAAAUUGAGCUAAAGCUGAGCAGUUAUGAAGAAAUGCUUCAGAGUGUAAAAGAGCAAAUGGAUCAAAUUUCAGAAAGCAACCACCUAAUCCAUCUCAGCAACACAAAUAAUGUGAAACUACUGUCAGAGAUAGAGUUCUUAGUGAAUCACAUGGAUUUGGCUAAAGGUCAUAUAAAGGCCCUUCAGGAGGGAGAUCUGACAUCUUCUCGAGGCAUUGAGGCCUGCACUAAUGCAGCAGAUGCCCUUCUGCAGUGUAUGAAUGUAGCUCUUCAUCCAGGACAUGAUAUGCUUCAUGCAGUGAAACAGCAACAGCAGCGUUUUAGUGACUUGCGUGAGCAAUUUGCACGGAGACUUGCUAGUCAUUUGAACAGCGUAUUUGUCCAGCAGGGUCACGAUCAGAGUUCUACUCUUGCCCAGCACUCUGUUGAAUUGACAUUACCCAAUCACCAUCCAUUUCACAGAGAUUUACUUCGAUAUGCUAAACUGAUGGAGUGGCUCAAGAACACAGAUUAUGGAAAAUAUGAAGGGCUAACAAAGAAUUAUAUGGAUUAUUUAUCACGACUAUAUGAAAGGGAAAUAAAAGAUUUCUUUGAAGUUGCCAAGAUCAAGAUGACGGGCACAACCAGAGAAGGAAAAAAGUUUGCUACACUGCCUCGAAAAGAAAGUGCUGUCAAACAGGAAACUGAGAGUCUUCAUGGAAGUUCUGGAAAAUUGACUGGGUCUACUUCUAGCCUAAAUAAACUCUCUGUUCAGAGUUCGGGAAACCGUAGGUCUCAGUCAUCCUCACUGUUGGAUAUGGGAAACAUGUCUGCCUCUGACCUUGAUGUGGCCGAUAGAACAAAAUUUGAUAAGAUUUUCGAGCAAGUAUUAAGUGAACUAGAGCCUUUGUGUCUGGCAGAACAGGACUUCAUAAGUAAAUUUUUCAAACUACAGCAACAUCAGAGCAUCUCAGGAACAACAACGAAUGAAGCGGAGGAAAUGGAUGGAGGAACUUUAUCUCGUUCAUACACUUCUGGUGUUCCACAAACAAUAUCAUCUGAGAAGGACAUGAUCCGACAAAUGAUGACAAAAAUAUUUCGUUGUAUUGAACCUGAGCUGAAUAAUCUUAUAGCACUGGGGGACAAGAUUGAUAGCUUUAAUUCCCUUUAUAUGUUAGUUAAGAUGAGUCAUCAUGUAUGGACAGCACAAAAUGUGGACCCAGCUUCCUUUCUCAGCACAACACUUGGAAAUGUCUUGGUGACUGUCAAAAGGAACUUUGAUAAAUGCAUUAGUAACCAAAUGAAGCAGAUGGACGAAGUAAAAAUCUCAAAGAAGAGUAAAGUUGGGAUCCUUCCAUUUGUUGCUGAAUUUGAAGAGUUUGCAGCCCUCGCUGAAUCAAUUUUCAAAAAUGCAGAACGACGAGGAGAUCUAGAUAAAGCCUACAUAAAACUUAUUCGAGCUGUUUUUGUCAGUGUUGAGAAAGUAGCUAAUGAAAGCCAGAAAACACCCAGAGAUGUGGUCAUGAUGGAGAACUUCCAUCAUAUUUUUGCAACACUUUCUCGCUUGAAAAUUUCUUGUCUUGAGGCUGAGAAAAAAGAAGCCAAACAGAAAUACACUGAUCAUCUUCAGUCUUAUGUAAUCUACUCACUCGGACAGCCUCUCGAGAAAUUAAAU